GUCUAUAAAAGCAAGUGCGCUCUGCAAAAGCUUUAGAUCAGCUCCGAAAGACCGAGUCAACAGUAUUUCGCUGAUCGCAGACGACUGGCGCACUGCUUAAACAUGAAGCUCCUGUGCCUUGCUGUGUUCGCUGGCGUAGCGUGCCUUGCCCUCGCCGAUGAAGCCAAAAAAGACGAGAAGGCUGCCGGAAAGGACGAGAAGGUCGAAGGCCGCGGAGGUCUCAUCGGAGGGUAUGGUGGUCCUGGGGCGUACGGCGGAGGCUUCGGACCCGGAAUCGGAGGAGGAUACGGAGGCGUCGGAGGUGUUGGCCCCGUCGGUGGAGUUGGCUACGGUGGUGGCGUCGGCGGCUACGGUGGCGGCUACGGUGGUGGCUACGGUGGCGGUCACGGUGGCGGAUAUGGAGCCGGCUACGGCCAAACUGCUGGAGGCUACCAAGGUGGCUUCAAGCAAGGAGCUGCAGGAUACAACCAGGGCUCGGCAGGCUUCGCUGGAGGUGACUCGUUUAGGAACGUUCAGGGCUACAACAACCAACAGGGGUACAGCUCCAACACAGGCUUCUCAAAGACCGACUCGAAUCGCUACGGAACCGGUUAUGGCCAACACGCGGGUGGCUUCUCUGGUGGCUCCGCGGGUCACAAGUCUGGUUUCGGAAGCCAGCACCACGGCCACGUUGGCGGAGUCGGCUAUUAGAAGGUCUGAAGCAUCAACUCUAGUCGUCUUUUAAACAUCACCUACUGUCAUCCUCUACUCUCGUGCUCUCCCAUACUCCACCGCAAGACAGAAGAAAAUCAUAAACGCUGAGGAAGAAACUUCAGCUCAAGCUACCAAAAAUGAAAAUGCAAUGCCAUAGAACGUAAAACCGUUCUUUCUUUAAAAGAGAUUGUAUUUUUGUAAUAAAAGUAUCCACUUGUA